AAAAUUUGAAACCGCAGAGAGAGGCGGCAGCUUGCUCCACACGCCUCCGCCCUGUCGAGAUUUCCGACUCGCCGGAGAGAGGAAUGGACAACGUUCGCCGGAGCAGCGUCACCUCCGUCAUGUCCGGCAUCGGGUCCUCGCCGGCGGCGCUCACCGAGUCCACUCCGCGCGCCACGCUCGCGCCUCCCUCCAACCGGCACGCCGACUGGCGGGGGCUCCCGGACGCCGCCGUCGCCCGCGUCCUCGACCGCCUCCCCGUCCUCGACCUCUUCCGCCUCGGCUACCUCUUCUCCCCGCGCUGGCUCGACAUCUGGCGCCGCCUACCGCUGUAUCUCCACGACCACCAGUUCGCCGCUCCCCCGAUCGCCGCCGACGACGUCGCCCAAGCAAUCACCAACGUCCUCGAGCUCCACGUUCGCAACGGCGUCCAAUUCGUACCCGUACAAGGCGGCGGCGGCGGUGGCGGUGGCGGUGGACAUGGAGGCAACGAGGUAGCUGCCCGGGAUGGCGGAGGAGGCGACGUCAGCAGCGACGACGAGGAGUACGGCAUCUACGACGACGUCACCGCCAACGACGACGGUGGCUACGAGAUCGGCCGCGUCUGGUGCUUCCGAGUAGAGACCACGCCAUGGCGCAACGGCCACCUCCACCGCUGGUGCGCCGCGCUCCGGCGAGGCCGUGCUCGCGUCGUCGUCCUCGCCAACCUCUACCUACUAGAGCACACCCGCCUUCCUCGAGCCCUCCUCGACGGCACCAGCCUCGUGGCGCUCCACCUCUUCUACUUCACCGUGGAAGCCUACCACAUCGACAGGCUCCGCGGCCUCGGGCUGUACGGCUGCGUCCUGGAACCCGGCAUGAUCGAGCGAGUCCUCCACCCCGAAUCAGAGAUCCGGGAGCUCGCAAUCCACAGCGCCAUGGGGGGAACCAUCGCCGUCGUCGCCGCCGCCGCCACGCGCCUCCGGUCUCUGCGCAUGUUCAACAUCCAGGUGGGCACGGUCGCCGUGGACGACGCCGUCGAGCUGCGGAAUCUUCACAUGCGCGACACGAGGCCAUCCAGGAUCGCCAUCAAUGGCGCGCCCAGGUUGCGAAGAAUCAUCUCUCUUGACAUCUUCCACACCGUCUUGGAGAUCCAAGGCAUAGUGAUUCAGGCUGGGAUGGUGGAGCAGCCUCCAGAGAUCCGUUCUGUCAGGCAUCUCGGCUUACGGGUGAACUACACAGCGAUGGUCGACAUGUUGCCCCGCCAGAUAGAGCAGAUCCUGAGGAGUUUCCCACGCGUAAAAUCACUGGAUAUCUGGAGAUGCGAUGACGUUACACAAGCAGAAGGGCUCCUCCAAUGGGACGAUGUACACUAUGAUGGGAGCAAUUUCUUCGAUGGCCUUGAGAGCUUCAACCAUCACCUGAGGUGGAUAUAUCUUAGAGGUUUCAGAGGGGGAAAGUGUGAAGUUGCUCUGAUGAAAAUCAUGCUGGACAAAGCUAGAGUCCUGACACUGUUAAGGAUGGAGUACUCGCCAUUGCCAAGCAGCCUCAUCGAGCACACCCUGAAUGAGCUCGACUUGUCUCUCUGGAUUUUCAAGACGCACACUCCAAAUGAUGCCGUCAGAGGCGAUCUUGUGUCCUUUGUUGCAGCUGAUGCUUCCGGAAGGUGCGUACGACUAGCAGCGCAAGGCUAAGGUUAGGUGUUGUUCUGUCUGUGCUCUGCUUUGUCGAGAGAGAGAGAGAAUCUUAGAUUGGCUCUUCAAUUUCUUCAGUCUGUCUAGCUAGUCAAAUGAUGCUAACUGAUAUUCUGCUAAGUGAGUGAAUGAUGCUCUGAGCAUCAAUGAUGCAUUGAUGCUAAGUGAAUGAUGAUGCUGCUGUCUACUCCCUCC